AUGCUGCCGAAGGAGAAGAGGAGCAAGGAGCAGGCUCUGCCAUUCGUGGUUCUAGUGCAAGACGGCAUUGACGCCCCGGCUACUGACGGCGCUGUUGCCGUGGGCCCCUCAAGCACCCGAAGCCAAGCUCACUUCUUUGGAGGUUCAAAGGUGGCUCCGGAGCCAAGUUGCACAGGCGUCCUCAUCUUCUUAGGAGGUUUGGAGAUCCUCCAACGGAAGUUCGGAGAUGAUGGAUGUUUGGAGUGUUGUGGCUUGAAUUGGUCUCCUGAGGACUCCAGCUCAACAGGCGUGGAGGUCAAGCCGAAAAAGGUCAAGGCCAAGAAAGAGAAGAAGGAUAAGAAAGCUGAUUUCUCGGACGAGGCCAGGCCGGACGCCAAUGAGGGCGAGCCCGAAUACCGGAGACCGUCCCAGGCAGAGGAGGAGGAGGAGCCUUUGGCCGAGUUCCCUGAUGAUGAGGAGGAUCGAGUGGCGGAGGACUACAAAGAGUCUGUGGACGAGCCUGUGGCUACUUUGCUCGUGGAACCGUUUGUGGGCGAGCAGUCUCUGCAGCCUGGCAGAGAGGAACAGGAGACCGGCGUUAUGCCUGAGGGAUCUGAUGGGGAAGUGCGGGUAGAUCUUACCGAAGAGACGGAAGUGGAUCCGCUGAUGCGUGACGAGCCUCGCACCAGUCACGCGAGUCACGUGCAGUCCGUCCCGGCGGAAGACAUCAUCACAGGUCCUCCACCUAUCGUUCUGGGUGGCAGUGGGGACGACGUCAAUAUUCCGGAUAGGGAAAUUGACGGGCCCCGACGAUAUACCCUCGGUGGACAAGAGAAAGUACACAGGUGUACCCAGUGUGAUUUGGUCUGGGACGCGGCCGUGAUGCACUGCUCCAAGUGCCAAAGGCCCUUGGUGGAAGCCACCAUCAAGGUCACCGAAUUUCUGUCCAACAGCCAGUUGGAGUUCCUGGAGCAGGCCUUCAAGCGCUACGACGUUGACGGCUCGGGUAGGCUGGACGGCAAGGAGCUCCGAAUGGCCGUCAGAGAGCUGGGCUGGGACACGAAGCAGGACAUCUUGGACAGGUGGGCCCGUGUGGGAGGGAACCAGGGCCUCAACCUCGAUCAGUUCAAGAACUUGGUUGCUAGUGGAAAGCUCGGAAAGAAAACCUUCAAAGCCAUUGUGGGGAAAGCCAGCGAGGCUGUAAGGGAUGACCGGAGGCAGCUGCUUGCCAUGGGAGGCGCAGCGCCGCAGUUCACGGCGCGCCAGAGGCAGGGUAGACGGGGAGCACUGGUCCCUGGCGAAACGCAGGACUUUCUGCCAGACGGAGGGUUGGUUUCGACGGCCCCUCCCUUUGGCGAAGGUCAGAGCGCCUUUGAGGAGCUACCACCACACCGCAAGCUGGAGCUCACCGAGGCUUGGGCCUUCUGGGACGCCGACCACUCGGGCUUCCUGGAGCCUAUCGAGUUGAUGAACGCCUCGAAAGGGCUGGGCUUUCACCUCCCCAUCGAGUCCGUGGUGGCUGUUUGUGGAAAGCAUGGUGGCGGAAUCGAUCAGGAGAAUUUCAUCAGAGUUAUGUCCGUUCAGAUCAAGCACCGGGACGAGGAGCUGGGCCUUUGGAAGGGGUCACCCCUCGACUGGGCAGACUGGGCAAACGAUGACGAUGAUGUGGAAGACAGUACCACUUUCCGUGCCAAGCGCAAGAAGGAGCUGGCGAAGGCAGAGCUGAACCUCCGACGCACGAGUGUCACGGACAUGAACUUCCGAUGGCGGAACUUGCUGUGUACCACACACGCCACGGUGGGUGAGUAUGCCAUUGGAGUGAGGCUCUACUUCGACUUGCUCCUCCUCUUGGUGAUCGCCUUUGGUGUGCUAACGGGAACAACGCUGCCGUUCUUGGUGAUGUGUGGGUCCAGCUCAGGGGGAGGUCCUGUGCUGAAGCAGACCGACGAGGUGCUGAGCACUUUGGCAAAGUACUCCGUUGGAAAUUUGGCGAGGUCACCAGCAGCCGAUGCCACGGUUCACAUCAUGAACGAGUUCUUUGGUUCCAUGGCGUUGUUAGGUGUGCUGCUGCUGUACCGCUUCGUUAUCAUCCAUCGGGCAACCUACACGACCAACAGCCGCAACCUAGCCAAUCUCGCAGUUCAGGUCCGUGGGCUCCCCACGGAUUUGGGCUAUCAUCAUCUGGGCUACGAGGAACUGCUCCGAGAGCAUUUUCAGACAGUCGCCUACGAGCAAGCUCUGCGGAUGGGCACAGCCAACGAGCUGGACGACCAGCCUGUGCGCGAGGUGGUCCUGUGGCGCAAUUACGACUCGGCCGUGCAGGGUGUGCUCCAGCAAGUGGAGCUGCAAGCAAAGCAGUACAGCGUCAACACAGAGCUGAAGUUCUUGGAGCAGAAAGCGAGAGAGCACAACCUCUCCGACGACCUCGAGCAUGACCUUGGCUACAACGCUGGCGGUGGGCUGGCCCCCACUUCGGGCAGGCGCCAGUCGACGAAGGGCCGGCAGACCAUGAAGGUGAUGGCGGAAAGGCAAAGCGCUGCAUCGGACAUGAGCGUUGGCGAUGACGAUAGCACUGACUUCUCUCAUGCAGUGACGACAACCGCAGAGCGGAUGUACGACAGGAUGUGUACCCGAACGGAUGGCGGCAGACGGCUGGCCAAGCGGCAGACCUACCUGCUUUCGAUGAAUGACCUGAUCGAGGAGCAGAUCCUUGAGAUCGAAACGGAGCGGGCCCUGCAUUCCGACUUGAAGCCAGAUGAGCGAGAGGUAAUGGGCGCAUUCGUGGUGUUCUGGUGCCAGCGGACUCGGGAUGCUGUUCUCGGUCAGUAUGGCUGGUCCCGCUCCUGGUGUUGCCGCGCCUGUUGCCAGCGCCGGCGCCUGCGUCUCAAGCUGCCCUUUGAGGAGAGCAGCGACGGUUCGGAGGGUGCGCCCGAUGAGGAAGAAGUCGCCUUCCCAUUGAUUGUGGAAGCCACGCAGGAUCCAAGCCUGCAGCUUUGGCAGAACAUGGACGUGAAGCCGAUGAUGCGGCUGAUCCGGGGCUGUAUGAUGAGCAUUUGCCGCUUCUUGGUGCUCAACCUCAUCUUCAUCGUUGCCUGCAUCACGGUGUCCACGCACAUCUACUACCCGCUGUUUCUGCCUAUCGAUGCCAAGGUGUGGCUGAUCACGAAUGUUUCAGAGCCUGUCGCCAACUCCUCCAGCAAUUCUGCUCCAUGCUGGCGUGUCUGUGAACUGGAGCUGUUCGGUGAUGAGCUCUGCUCCGAUCGCAAGGCUCCUUACAUGUUUGCGCGGCGCUGA